GUUUUUUAAAAUUACUUCUUAUCAGUUUAUUUAUUAGUAAAUGGAUCCAUUGGUCUAUCAUGAUGUAAGCGGAAAAAAUGAAUUGGAGAAAUAACAGAGCAAUUUUGCUUGCUACAUAUAAGUUGAAGGUCAACCACAGCGUUAGUUGACCUCGAAAACAAUAUUCCAUAAAUGGUCGAAGAAUGACAAAGAAGUGUGUAAUUAUAAUUAAGUACUCAUAAUGCGUCUAGUAAUUUGUGACACAGUGGAUCAUGUUGCAGAAUGGUCUGCAAAAUAUGUUUUAAAGAGAAUCAAAGAUUUUAAUCCCAAUGAAAACAAGUAUUUUGUACUUGGCUUACCUACAGGUGGUACACCUUUGGGAAUGUACAAAAAGCUCAUAGAAUUUCAUAAAGCAGGCAAACUCUCCUUCAAGUAUGUUAAGACUUUCAACAUGGAUGAAUAUGUCGAUUUACCAAGAGAUCAUCCGGAAUCUUAUCAUCAUUAUAUGCACCAUAAUUUUUUUAAACAUAUAGACAUCGAUCCGAAAAAUGUGCAUAUACUCGAUGGAAACGCGCCAGAUCUUGAGAAAGAAUGUGACGAUUUUGAAAAGAAGAUCAAAGAGGCCGGUGGAAUAGAAUUAUUUAUUGGAGGUAUCGGUCCAGACGGACAUAUAGCUUUCAAUGAGCCGGGCUCAUCGUUAGCUUCUCGCACGAGAGUGAAGACUCUCGCGCAAGAUACCUUGGAAGCUAAUGCGAGAUUCUUUGGCAACGAUAUUGCUAAAGUACCGAAGCAGGCGUUAACCGUAGGAGUCGGUACUGUAAUGGAUGCUAAGGAAGUAAUGAUUCUUAUCACUGGCUCUCAUAAAGCAUUUGCACUGUACAAAGCGAUUGAAGAAGGUAUUAAUCAUAUGUGGACGGUAUCUGCGUUUCAACAACAUCCUCGUACACUCAUAAUCUGUGAUGAGGACGCGACUCUAGAGUUACGUGUGAAAACGGUGAAAUAUUUCAAGGCUCUUAGUGAUGUACAUCUCAAAUUGAUUGAAGAAGAUGGACCUGCAAUCCCCCGCCGUGCGGUGCAAAACGAUUAAAAUGUUGUUAGCAGAUACUCGUAAUCAACAGGUUGAAUAAGAAUUAUGAGAAUAAGAAUUCAAUCAUAAUGGAUUUACACGGAAAAAAUCCCAAAUAAUCAGGAGUACAGGCACAAUCACGCUGUGAAAGAAAUUAUAAAAUAUGACGCAACAUUUUUAC